AUGGCCACUCCAACCUCUUCCGAUUCCCUUCCCGACGUCGACGACUAUGUUCUGGCAAAUGGACCAGAAGGAUUGGAAUGGGACGCAUUUCAUUAUGUUUACGAGCUUGUACAAAAGGGAAAUCUGGCCUUUCGAGAGAAGAGAAUGGAAGAGGCAAUCAGCUUUUACUCAAGAGCCUAUAACAUCAAAUCUAGUGAUCCAAUCAUCCUCAGCAAUCGAAGUGUGGCUUAUAUUAGGAUUAGCCAAUAUUUAAUGCAUAGAUCAUCAUCAUUCUCAGAACAAAGGCCAUUGAGUGGGCUUGAUCCCACAACACUUGCCGAACUGGGUUUGAAGGACGCUGCAAGGCUUAUUGACCUCCAGCGUAAUUCAGUAAAAGCAUACCUUUUGAAGGCCAAUGCUCUUAUUCUAUUAGAGAAAUAUGAUGUGGCUCGGGAUGUUAUUCUUUCAGGACUUCAAGUUGAUCCUUUUAGUAAUUCCCUUCGGGAGUGUCUUCAAAUAGUGGAAAGAGUAUCAUCUAAUUCAACAGGGAGGAGUUCUCAUGUACAACCCGAUCGCAAUGAUGAUUUUGAUUGCACUCUCUGCCUGAAGUUGCUGUACGAACCUGUCACAACCCCCUGUGGUCAUUCUUUUUGCCGUUCAUGUUUAUUUCAAUCAAUGGAUCGUGGGAACAGAUGCCCAUUGUGCAGGACAGUUCUCCUUCUUAACCCCAGAACAUGUUCAGUUAGUGUGACAUUGAAGAACAUCAUACAAAAAAACUUUGCAGAGGAAUAUGCUGAAAGGAAACAAGAACAUGACAGUUUAGUCAACAUUGGUGUAGAUAUGCUCCCUCUUUUUGUCAUGGAUGUUGUCUUACCAUGUCAAAGGUUUCCACUAAAUAUAUUUGAACCUCGUUAUAGACUUAUGGUAAGAAGAAUAAUGGAAGGCAAUCAUCGGAUGGGAAUGGUUAUAAUAGAUUCUUCAACAGGUUCAUUGGCAGAGUUUGGUUGUGAAGUGGAAAUCACAGAGUGUGAGCCACUUCCAGAUGGUCGAUUUUAUAUAGAGAUUGAAGGUCGUAGGAGAUUUCGCAACCUUCGUUCUUGGGAUCAAGAUGGGUAUCGUGUUGCAGAAGUUGAAUGGAUACAUGAUAUUAUGCCCCCAGAAGGGACAAAUGAAAGAGAGGAUUUACAGGAAUUGAUAGAUAAUGCAGCAGCAAGUGCUCGAUCAUGGAUAGGAAGAGCUAAAGAAGCAGCAAGACAUGAUCAAAGAAGAUUAGAGAAAUUCGUGAAUGUUGAAGGAAUGAUACCCUCAUUAAGAGACCCGGAGCGCUUUAGUUUUUGGUUGGCUACCCUCUCCAAUCGGAGGCCUUCAGAAAGAUUGGAACUCCUACGCAUUAGAGAUACCAAAGAGAGAAUUAGGCGAGGCCUGAUAUUUCUUCAAGCUGAGGAACAAGGCUGCAGAAUUCAGUAA